AUGGCUUCACCCGAUCCUCUGGCCACCCCAAAAACGCCGCAUGCCUCUGAUACUGGAGGCAGCGAUAAUUGCAGACCCCCGACUCCUUUGUCACUGACUUACUCGAGCAAAGCCCAGUUUAGCCCAGAUGUUUUCUAUAACAGUUCGCUGACUGAAAACCCCUACAUUGAAAGACGUGCCUUGUCAUUUGACCUACAAAGUGAAAUAUUUCUCUUGAUUGCCGCCCGCGCUUAUCAAGAAGCGGUUACGCUACCCGAGAGUCCACCGCCUGCAGUAUGGGCACCGAACGACAAGAUGCAUUCCUGGUAUAAGGGCCUCCUUUCCAGGUUUGGCGUGACGCUCCAGUCAAUUCUGGGCCGCCAGGGUGUCUACGACCACUGUGUUUUUCGAAACGAAUGGCUUCGCCACGGUCGAAGCAUUACUGAUAACAUCCGUUCUGAGUGGGGUCUACACCCUAUGGGUUCUACUGCAUCGGUCAGAACAACCCUCAUGACUAAAUAUACCCACGCUGCCCUGCUCGCUGUAGAAGCCACAUUGGAAGCACCUACCAUGCCCCCUCCGGAGGGAUGGAGAGCUGGCGACAAUCUUCAUGCCUAUUAUGAAACAAUGCUGCGACGGUUCGACAUUCACUUGAAUGAUAUGCUAGAGAAGUAUGGUUCAAAUCUCUUUCAUACCACAGAGGAAAUUCAAAAUGCAGCCAACGACUACAAGGAAUACAUUAUUCUCCAUUAUCGAAAAACAUGGAUCCAUAUGUUUGGUUUGCUGGACAACAAAACCUCUAUCGGCAAAACCAGCACGGCUCAUCAUAAGCCUUUUAUUAACUAA